CCAUUUAUAAAUUCUAACGAGUAAUAUUUAUUGAUCAGACUUGGACUAUAUAAUUUAGUGUGUGUGUUUAAUUAAUUUUGAACUUCAUCUUUCUCUCGAAAAAAAUAUUGUAGCUUUUAUUUUCCUAUAUAUCGAUCAAACCAAAAGUCGGAAAAACUAAAUAUGGGCAGUGGAUACCAUAACGGUGAAAAAGGUUUGUUCCCUUAUCAUGCUGGCGGUGGACAGUAUCCUCCACCACAUGUAGGGUAUGCGUACCCUUACCCGCCCCCUGGUUAUUCUUCUCACGUUGGAUAUCCACCAAACGUCUAUCCUCCAUCCAUUGGUUAUCAGCCUGUAGCCUAUCAUGGCUCAUCGGCUCCCUAUUAUUCAGGGCAUGGAAGCCACAAGCACGGGGGAGUGGGAACAUUUCUAGCCGGUGGUGCAGCAGCAGUGACAGCUUCAUAUGGAACUCAUCACAUGCCUCAUUAUGGUUACGGAUACCAUGGGCAUCACCAUCAUCACCACCACGGAAAGUUUAAGCAUUACAAGUUCAAGCGUGCAAAGUUUGGCAAGCGAUGGAAGCAUGGAGGGAUAUAUGGAAGGCACAAAAUGUGGAAAUGAUAUAAUACUAUGCUUAUUUGUACCUAAAAUUUGGAACGAUCUUCUCGAUCUAAUGUAAUUGCGUUAUGUUCAUUGGUUUCUCGACUAAUCAAACAUACUAAAGUGUGACCCUUA